GAGUUUUUCUGAGCUAUGCUUUGCUUGAAUUAUGUUAUGAUGACAGCACAUCGUAUCUUACUGAUUUCUUGACAUAAUAUAACACCCAAUUUUUUUUUAUCUCAAAUUAAUUUAAAAAAUCACAAAAUUGUUGAAAAAAUAAUAACAAAAUGAUGGUUAAUGUUGAUGAAGAUGCUGUGUUAGAAGAACAAACAGAUGAUGAAAUGAGACCACUUGUUGAUGAAUUAAAAUUACAAGGUCAAGUUGCAAAUGAACCAUUUGAUAAUGACAUAUCUAAAAAGCAAUCAACAAUUGAAACAAUAACAUACAAAGAAUACUUUUGUGAUCCAAGUUUUGUUUUUUACAUUGAAAAUAUUUGUGAUGAUUCUUCAACCACAGAAAUUGAUAUGAGUAACAAAAAAUUAACAUCACUUCCACGUGGAUUGUUAGAUAAAUUAGAUUUACUUGUUGAGUUAAAUUUGGAAUCAAAUCAAUUGACACAUCUUGAUGCCAAUGUAUUCACCAACUUGGUCAAUCUCAAUGAAUUAAAAAUCAAUGACAAUAAUUUAGAAUCACUUCCACAAGAAUUAUUUAAUGGAUUAAAAUCAUUACGUUGGUUGGAUUUAGAAUCAAAUCAACUGGAAUAUCUUGAGCCUAAAAUUUUCAAUAACUUGUCAAAUCUUCAAUAUUUAGAUUUAAAACGAAAUCAAUUAACACUUCUUCCAGAAGAAUUAUUUAUUGGCUUGACAUCACUACAUUGGUUACACUUGGAAUCAAAUAAACUUACAAGUCUUCAGCCUGAUACCUUCAAUGAUUUAUCUAAUCUCUACAAACUAAAUUUAAAUAAUAAUAAAUUAACAAUUCUUCCACGUGGUGUAUUUAAUGAAUUAAAAUCUCUAAAAAAAUUGUAUUUACAAUCAAACAAUUUGGAAAGUCUUCUGCCUGAUACCUUCAAAACUUUGUCCAAUCUCGAUGAAUUAAAAAUCAAUAAUAAUAGUUUGAAAAGAUUUCCACCAAAUAUAUUCAAUGGAUUAAAUUCACUGACUUGGUUAUACUUGGAUUCAAAUCAACUGGAAAAUUUUAACAUUGACUCUAACAUUUUCAAAAACUUGUCAAAUCUUGAAUAUUUAGAUUUAAAAAAUAAUUGUUUAAGAACCGUUCCACAAUUGGAUGGCUUGAAAUCACUACGUUGGUUGCAUUUAAACUCAAAUAAACUGACAUAUAUGGGGUAUUAUGGGUUCUUUGACUUUUCCAAACUCUGGGAAUUUAAAAUCAAUGAUAAUUGUUUUAAAACUCUUUCACGCUAUACUUUUAAAAAUAUGGAGCUACUGAAUUCGUUGAAUUUAGAAUCAAAUAAACUGGAACAUCUUGAGCCUAAUAUUUUUGAAAACUUACUCAGCCUGUACAAAUUAAACAUCAGUAGAAACAAGUUAACUUGUCUACCACAUGAUGUAUUUCAUACAUUAAUAUGUCUGAGUCAUUUGUCAUUGGGCUGGAACAAACUUAUGACUCUUGAGCCUGAUAUUUUUGAUAGCUUGUCUAAUCUCAACGAGUUGAGAAUCAAUAAUAAUGAUUUAACAUCACUUCCAAAAGAUAUAUUUAAUAAAUUGGAAUCUCUGAUUAUGUUGGAUUUAAAUUCAAACAAACUAACAAGUUUUGAGGCUGAAACAUUUAACAAUUUGUCCAAUAUCACCUAUUUAGAUAUCAGCAAAAAUAAUUUAACAUUUCUUCCACCUGGAAUUUUUGAUGGAUUGAAAUCACUACGUCGUUUAAAUUUGUCAUCAAAUCAAUUGACAUAUCUUGGGUCUAAUAUUUUCAAUGACUUGACCAAUCUUUAUGAAUUAAAACUCAAUGGUAAUUAUUUAACAAUCCUUUCACAAGAAAUAUUUAAUGGAUUGGAAUCUCUAGAAGACUUGGAUUUACAAUCAAACAAGCUGACAAUUAUUGAGCCAAAUACUUUUAGCAGUUUGGUCAAUCUUAAAGAGGUAGAUUUGAGUCAAAAUAAUUUAACAACUCUUUCACCAGGAGUAUUCAAUGAAUUGAAAUCUUUAAGACAAUUAAAUUUACAAUCAAACAAACUGACAAGUCUUGAGCCAAAUACUUUUCAACACUUGUCCAAACUGGCAUUUUUAAAUAUCAGUGUUAAUAAAUUAACACAUCUUUCACAAGAAAUAUUCAAUGGAUUGGAAUCUCUAUAUUGUUUAGAUUUAUACUCAAAUUAUCUGACAAGUGUUAAGCCUGAUACCUUCAGCAACUUGCCAAAACUUAAAAUUUUAUAUAUGAAUAAAAAUAUUAGCCCAGACAUUUCAACUGACAACUUUAAUUAAACACUGGACUUUGAAUGUUGUGUUCUGCUCAAUGAAAAGCAAGCUUAGCUUGAAUUUUAAGCCCAACAUUUUUUUCUAU